AUUAAACACGCCCCCUCGUGCCUAUAAAAUGCCUCCACCCUUCAUUCACGUCAUCAUCACUACCACAUACAUUUCCGCUCAUUCAUUCCUUCUCCUUUUCCUCAAUCCACUACCUUCUUUUCUCGGAAAUGGCGGCGAAAAUGGUGGUCCUCCUCGUCUUCGUGCUCGCGGCGAUCGCGGGCUGGGGCCUGUUAUCGGUGCAGGCGGACUCCAGCUGUUUGAACUCGCUCUUGAGCAUGACGUCGUGCAUCAGCUACGUUAGCGACGAAAGCUCGGAGGUUUCACCGCUGUGCUGCCCCAGCAUCAGCGCCGUGCUCGCCUCGCAGCCGCUCUGCCUCUGCUACAUCCUAAACGGCGAGGUCGGCAAGCUCCUGGGCAAGCCCAUCGACGAGUCCCGCGCCCUCGGCCUCCCCGGCCUCUGCAAACUCACCACACCUCCCAUAAGCGAGUGCAACACUAUGCCUCUACCACCUAUUUACCCGGGAGGUCCCCCAACAUGGCCAGCGCCAGCGCCAGCGCCAGCGCCGACACUGGCAACACCAGCGCCAACACCGGCAACACCAGUACGGACACCAGCAACACCAGCGCCGACACCGGCAACACCAGCACCGACGCCAGCAACACCAGCACCAGCACCGGCAACACCAGCACCAACGCCGGCAACACCAGCGCCAACGCCGGCAACACCAGCGCCAACGCCGGCAACACCAGCGCCAACGCAGGCAACACCAGCGCCAAUGCCGGCAACACCGGCACCGGCACCGGUACCAGGACCGGUGCCGCCGCCAUCAUGUGUAUGCCACUAGAUAUAGAAUGGUUAGCUAUAGAUCGAUAUAGAAAUAUUUUAGCCAUUGUUUAGGGGAAUUCUUUUAUAUGCAAUGAACUGCAUCUUCUGCAGAUAGCUACAUUGUGUUCUAGAUCUUAGUUUCUGUUAGUUGGUUUAUAUUGUAGUUAGCUUGUAUAGAUUGCAUAGCAUCAACAAAAAGUUCGUUUUUGUUUUUGGAGGUAAA